AAAAUAUGGCAGGCAAAGCUUGUAGACAAGAAGAGUCUCAGGCAGGCAGGGAGGCAAGAUUCUGCAAUGGCAUCGGUUUUGUUCAGCUUUAAACACACUGGCACCAGUGCAAGCCUCAAGUCCAGCAGAGGUAUCAUCAAGAGCAACGCACAGGCGCGGAAAGGAAGCUUAACUCCCGCAACUAGAAUUAGCUGCUGUUCACUGAGCUUUGAUAACAAGAAGCCAGCUGAGGCUCCAGUAAGUCGAAGCACAAGCUUGAGUGGAGAUUUCUUCCUACAGGAGAACCAGAAAAAGAAGCAACAGCCAUACCAAGGCAUUCUCCACGUCCCUGCCGAUCACGUCGAGGAGCUUGAUCACAGAGAAACGUCACUGCUUGUCGCGGAAGUAAAGGGAUGGCUCAUGAAACUCGCGAGUGGCAAGGGGGAAAUCAGUCCUUCGGCUUAUGAUACCGCCUGGGUGGCUCGAAUCGGGUCUGAAUCCGACUCCUCUCUUCCCGAGUUUCCGGAGGCCUUGGAGUGGAUCAUCAGCAGUCAACUUUCGGAUGGAUCAUGGGGUUAUGAUCGUCACUUGCAACUCUAUGACAGAGUGUUAUCCACGCUCUCCUGCCUGGUCACGCUCAAGCUCUGGGACAUCGGGCACAGCUGCAUUACGCAAGGCACGAAGUUUUUGCGUGAGAACAUGAUUAAGCUGAAGCAAGACGAUGGAGAUCUCUUGUCAGGUUUCGAGGUGACGUUCCCAAUGAUGCUCAAAGAAGCAAAGCAGCUGGGCCUUGAUCUUCCGUAUGACACAGAGUUCACAAGGUUGCUAGAGAUUUCCACCAAGAAGAAAUUGGCCAAGAUUCCCUUAGAUAGGCUUCAUUCGUCUCCCACGACGUUGCUAUACUCCUUGGAGGGCCUUCAAGGCCUUGAGAUGGACUGGCAAAAGAUCCUUAAGCUUCAGUCCAGAGAUGGAUCCUUUUUGAGCUCGCCCUCGUCAACAGCAUGUGUUUACUUGAAGACCAAGGACAGGAAGUCCUUGCAAUACUUGCAAAAAGCUAUGGAAGAUCAAAAUUAUGCUGUUCCGUGUCAUUACCCCAUCGAUCUUUUCGAAAGUUUAUGGGUGGUCGACACUAUUGAGCGCCUGGGCAUUGACGUCUUCUUCAGAGAUGAGAUCAAAGCUGUCCUCAACUACGUGUAUAGCUCUUGGACAAACGAAGGAAUUGGAUGGGGAUCUACGUGCCUUGUCAAGGACAUCGACGACACAGCAAUGGCAUUCCGUAUCCUUCGGAUGCAUGGGUAUAAUGUAUCUUCAGAUGCAUUCAACCAGUUCUGGCUGCCUGGAGACAAGUUUUGCUGCUUUAUUGGUGAAGUCUCUCAUGGGGUCUCUGAAAUGCUCAACUUGCAUCGGGCUUCCCAGAUUGAUUUCCCGAAUGAAGAGAUUCUUACAAAGACUUUCAAGUACUCCGAUGGUUAUCUGCUUAAUGUUGAGAGCUCUCACAUGGAUAAAUGGGCAAUGAAGAAGAACCUCAUGGGAGAGGUGGCAUUCGAGCUAGCAAAUCCAUUUCAUGACUGCUUGCCAAGAAUUUACAAUAAUGCUUAUAUUAAGCACUAUGGUGUGGAUGAUCCUUGGAUUGGUAAAACUAUUUACCGGUUGCCUCUAGUGAAUAACAAAGUGCUUUUGGAGCUUGCAAAUCGAUAUGCUCAACAGUGUCAAUCAUAUCAACCUUCUGAGAUGAUAGAAUUGGUCAACUGGUGGCAUUCAUCAGGUUUUGAAAAUAUCCCAUCUACUAGACUGAAAGCCAAUAUCAACAUGAUCCCCUAUCUUUACUAUCUUAUUUGUUCAACUUUCCAUGAGGAAGAAUUUGGCCAGUUGAGAGUUUUUUUUAUAAAGACUUGUUGCAUAAACACAUUAUUUGAUGAUCUUUUGGACUACGCAACAAACAUUAAAGAGCUUGAUCAUCUCGAAAAUGUGAUUGAAAGGUGGGAUAUCUCUAUGUCACAAGAACUUUCUCUAGAAUAUAAGAUUCUCUUUCAAGAAUUUUAUACUAUUGUUCUUGUCAUGACUGAGGCAGCUUCCAAAAUACAUCAGAAUCUAUCUCCAGAAUUCAUUUACAAAUACUUAUUAGGAAUUUGCAUAAAAGUCAUAAAAUCUAUCAUUGCUGAUGCUCGUUGGAAAAUUCAAGGGUAUAUUCCAAGUUUUGAGGAGUACAUGGAAAAUGCUGAAGUUAGUGUCUCAAGUUGGGUCCACAUACUUAUGGGCAUAUUCUUUUGUGGUGAGCUUUUAACAGAAGAGUUAUUAAAUACUAUUUAUGAUAGCAAACCUCUCAAGCUUGAUCGUAUCAUCUCUAGGCUUUCCAAUGAUAUGAAAACAUAUAAGAUUGAGAUGAAACUCGGACAACAAGCACAAGGAGUUUCUUGUUAUAUGAAAGAUCAUCCGGGUGCAACUGAGGCAGAUGCAUUAAUAUAUUUGCAAAGCUUGCUUAAUAAAACCAAAAAGGAACUCAAUGAAAGUUACUUCAUCAGUCAUCAGAAAGAUCUACCUAAAAACAUCAAAAGGUUUAACUUUGAGAUAGUGCGAAUGAUAUUAAUCACCUACAACGAAGUAAGGCAAGUAGAUCUUUUUAAAAACCCAGACAAAGAACUUCAAGACAUGAUUGAAUUUUCUUUAGAAACUUAUAGAAUAUCAAAUCAAUAAUAAGAUCAAGCGAAGUG